GGAGGUGGCGCCUGCCAGGAGGAGCUGAGAGUUUUCUGACGAGCAGCAAGCAGAGAGAGGAUGUCUCUCUGGCCCGAUGGAGUGUUUCGUUCAAUGGGACGAGUGUAGAUUUGAAGAAGCAGCAUAAAGACAAAAUGCCCUAAACAUGUGGGAUUUACACACCCUUUAUCUAGGAUAGCACAUGAACACGGAGCAGUAGAGUCAUUUUAACGAUAAAACAAAAACAGUAGGUUAGCGGGCUGAGAAAACCAAGCCGCCAAUUCACGAUAUGUCUGCUGUGUAACUAGCCAGGAGAAUGAUGUUCUUCGCUGACAAAUUUGGCUAUAAUUUAAUUACGCUAGUAUCUAGCUGAAGAGGACAAUAGUAAUUGCAAAAUGAAAAUAUGCUGUUAAAAUAAAUAUUUCUGGUGGAUUAUGUGGAGUGCAGAGGCCUGAAUUUAAUGUACAAAAUUAUAAAAAGCAUCGGAGGGAAGUUGUGUGUCAACGGGGUAUCGCGUUGCCAUCGCCUAACCAAGGAGGAAGGAGGUUCAUGUUAUAAUAUAAAGUUUUAAUACCCGUGCUUAUGGGAUUUUUGUUGUUGUUGAAAAUGGAAUACAUGACGAGAAAAUAAAUUGCAUCUGGUGAAACAAAAACAACGAACGGUGCUCAGUGUGCUGCACAAAAUGUGAUUAACAUCGAACUGCUUCCUAUUCAUAUGCUAACAACAAAACACGUUAUAUAAUAAUCAAAGUGGUUGGGAUAAAUUAAGUUGAAAUGUUUUCCAAAAAUACGCACACAUCGGAUCACAACCGCUGCCGCUAUAACUUUACAUCAUUUUCUUCUGGUUUUGAUAACACUGAACGGAUGAGGUGUGUUUAAAAAAGGGGGCGUUAUUGUACACACCUUAUCUCCAUUUUUGUUGGCAAUACUUAACCUAAUCUACCAGUUGUACACACACGGUCGGUGGAAGGACUGAAGAGUUAGGUCUGCUCCUGUUGCUGCUUGAAACAAACAAAAAAAGUUAUUCCUGGAUUUUACAGAUAAAUUGAACUCGGAUUGUUUUCAAGUUCGGGUUUAAAUGCCAAAUAUAAUAGAUUUUUGUUGAGUUUUUUUCACAGCUGGGAAUGUGUUUUUAUGUUGCUGAGUGUCCUGUGACUGUACAGUACUGGAAAAAAGAACAAACCCAAAACUUUGGACUCGGCGUAAAGGGCUUUUCUGAUGUUAAUGUGACAAGAGCUUAUUUGUUUCUUGUCUGAAAACAGUAUUUCAGAUUUGACUUUUUAAACUAGGCUGCUGUUUUUAAAGUUUUAUUUUCCUGUUGCUGUGGGGAAACGGGAAAGGAUGAAGCUAAGCCGACAGUUCACGGUGUUCGGUAGUGCCAUAUUCUGUGUGGUGGUAUUCUCAUUGUACUUAAUGCUGGAUCAUCUACAGUUAGAUAAUACUAAGAACCCUAAGGUAGCAGGGGGCUUACUUCAAAAGGGACAACUAUCCAUACUGCAAGAAAAGAUUGACCAUUUAGAGAGGCUGCUAUCGGAAAACAAUGAAAUUAUCUCAAACAUCAGGGACUCUGUUAUCAAUCUCAGCGAAUCUGUGAAAGAUGGAAAGGGGAAUCCAGAGGCAAUGAACCUGAGCAGAGGAGCAUUCUCUGAGCUCCUUGCAUCUCCUCCACUGGUCAUCCCUGUUGAUGCUGAGGACUGUCAGUUUGCUGCCAAAUCAUAUUCCAAAGCCUCUGAUGAUGUGCAGAUGCUGGACGUUUAUAACAUACUUCCCUUUGACAACCCUGAUGGAGGUGUUUGGAAACAAGGCUUCGACAUUUCUUAUGAUGAACAUGAAUGGGAUAACGAACCUCUGCAGGUCUUCGUUGUGCCUCAUUCACACAAUGACCCCGGCUGGAUAAAGACAUUUGAUGACUACUACAGAGACCAGACUCAGCACAUAUUGAAUAACAUGGUCAUGAAACUGCUUGAAGAAGAAAAAAUGAAAAUGAUCUGGUCAGAGAUCUCCUACUUCUCAAAAUGGUGGGACAGCAUUGACAGCCAAAAGAAGGAUGCUGUUAAAAGGUUAAUUGAACGUGGCCAGUUGGAAAUUGCGACGGGUGGCUGGGUCAUGACUGAUGAAGCAUCCUCACAUUAUUUUGCCAUGAUUGACCAGCUGUUGGAAGGACACCAGUGGCUGGAGAAAAAUCUGGGAGUGAAACCAAAGACUGGCUGGGCAGUUGAUCCUUUUGGGCAUUCAUCCACUAUGGCCUACAUUCUGAAACGCUCAGGCUUUUCCAGCAUGCUUAUCCAGAGAGUGCACUACUCAGUGAAGAAAUACUUUGCCAGCCAUAAGACACUAGAGUUUUUCUGGCGACAAAACUGGGAUCAGAGUUCCAGCACCGACAUCCUGUGCCACAUGAUGCCCUUCUACAGCUAUGAUGUUCCUCACACUUGCGGUCCGGACCCGAAGAUAUGCUGUCAGUUUGACUUCAAAAGGCUUCCUGGAGGCAGGAUCAACUGUCCCUGGAGGGUGCCGCCUGAGGCAAUCCACGAUGGAAACAUCCAGCAGAGGGCACACAUGAUUUUGGAUCAGUACAGAAAGAAGUCCAAGCUUUUCAAAACAAAAGUAGUUCUGGUUCCCCUGGGGGAUGAUUUCCGAUACAACGAGGCUUCUGAGUGGGAUCAGCAGUUCCAGAAUUACCAGAAGUUGUUUGAUUACAUGAAUUCUCAUCCAGAAUUGCAUGUCAAGGCUCAGUUUGGGACCAUAUCUGAUUACUUUGAUGCACUUAACAAAGCUGCUGGCCCUUUAUUGUUUCCAAAUGUAAGUGGGGACUUCUUCACCUAUGCUGACAGAGAUGACCAUUACUGGAGUGGAUACUUCACUUCACGUCCUUUCUACAAGAGACUAGACAGAGUCUUAGAAUCACAUCUGAGGGCAGCGGAGAUACUGUACUCUCUUGCCUUGGCAAAUAUUCAGAAGUGGAACAAAAUGAGUGCAUUCCCUUCAUCUGAUACUUAUAAACUGCUAACAGAAGCUAGAAGAAACCUUGGCCUUUUCCAACACCACGAUGCUAUUACGGGAACUGGUAAAGACUGGGUUGUUGUGGACUAUGGCACUAGGCUCUUUCAUUCAAUAAUGAAUUUGAAGCGGGUGAUAAUUGACUCUGCUCAUUUUCUGAUUCUGAAGGACAAGGAUGACUACAAACACAACCCUUCAAACCUCUUCCUUCAGAUGGAUGAUGUGCAACCCUCUCAAGAUGCUCUGCCCCACAAGACUAUCCUGAAACUCAGUACAGAGCCCAGGUCACUCGUGGUUUAUAACCCCACAGAACAAGACCGUUCAGCUGUUGUUACUGUGUACGUGAAUACCCCUAGAGUGAAAGUCCUGACCGCUUUGGGACAGCCUGUGAAGGUACAGGUCAGUGCUGUCUGGGAGGAAACGAUCACAGUAUCCAAAGAAGCCUUUCAGGUCUCCUUUGUGGCCCAGCUGUCUGCACUGGGCCUAGGAGUAUACCAGCUCACUGAGGGGACAGACAUGAACACACACCUCGCAGACUACAAUCUAUACAAAAAAGGUGGAAGCCUGGUACUCGGUACAAGUGGACCGUUCAAAUUGGAUGUUCCACAAAACAACCCUAUUAACUUCAAAAUUGAAAACCCACACCUUCAACUUUGGUGUUCAGGAUCAACCGGCUUGUUGGAGAAAGUGAAGCUUCAGGAUGAUAGUAAAGAACAUCAUGUGAAGGUGGAGUUUAUGUGGUAUGGAACAACCAGCAACAGAGAUAAGAGCGGCGCAUAUCUUUUCCUUCCUGAUGGGCACGCUAAGCCGUACGUUACUUCUGAGCCCCCUAUAAUAAGAGUGACCACUGGACCACUUUUUUCUGAAAUCACAAGCACUUACCGCCAUUUCACCCAUUCGCUGCGCCUCUAUAAUGUGCAAGAAGUGGACGGACAGUCUUUGGAGAUCUCCAACACGGUGGACAUCAGAGGGGAGCGCAACUGUGAAAUUGCAAUGAGGAUAACAUCAGACAUCAACAGCAAAGAUCGAUUCUACACAGACCUCAACGGCUUCCAGAUUCAGCCCAGGAGAACUUUGAGCACAUUGCCUCUUCAAGCUAACUUCUACCCCAUGACCACAAUGGUGUAUAUUCAGGAUGAAAAUGUUCGGAUGACACUUCAUUCUGCCCAGUCGCUGGGGACUGCCAGUUUGAACCCAGGCCAGCUGGAAGUCAUCAUGGACCGUAGGCUGAUGCAGGAUGACAACCGCGGCCUCGGACAAGGGGUCCAAGAUAACAAGAUCACAGCCAAUUUGUUUCGCAUACUGCUGGAGAGGAGAGUCCGCGUGGAUGAGAAGGAAAACAGCCAGCCAGUGAGUUAUCCCUCUCUGCUCAGUCAUAUCUCAUCACUAUACUUGAAUCACCCAGUAAUUCCUAUGGCUGUCAACAAGGACUUUGGGGCUGCUUCGCUGGUUUCAGAAUUCAGGCCACUUGCUUCAUCCAUGCCUUGUGAUUUGCAUGUAGUUAAUCUACGGGCCAUACAGUCAAAGGAGGGAGUGGGUCCAUCAGAUGAAGCAGCCUUUAUUCUACACAGGAAAGGAUUUGACUGCAGCUUCUCCUCAAAAAACACCGGGUUACUGUGUUCUACAACACGCGGCAAGAUUCCAGUUAACAAGCUUUUUAAUGAGAUGAAGGUGCAGCGCAUCACCCCGGUGUCUUUAUCUUUAAUGCACACGCCUCAAGGAAGCCAGAACAAGAGUGAGAUCCAACUUAAUCCCAUGGAGAUCAGUACAUUCCGGAUACAACUGAGAUGAGCCCGACCCAAGAGGAAAUACAGAGCAGACUUUGAAAUACUGUGAAGAUUCUUUACAUUUUUUUAAUACGUGUUUCUACCGGCUUACCAAUGGAUCUUAAAGCCAUGAAUACAGUUCUUUUAAACAUAUGAAUAACUGUGGAUGAUGGGGUUUUAAAAAAAAAAAAAAAAAAAAAAAAAAGUUUAAAUGUAAGCAACGAGUCACACAUUGAGUCUCGGGUUGAGUGUUAUCCCAUGGGAUUCUGGUUAACCUGCUUACAAAAUACACAUAUAGUUCUCGCUGUGAUGGAUAACUUAUUUUACGUUUCAGGAGACUUGCUUGGGAUAGUGCUCACCUUUUUUUUUAAUGUUUCAGUGACAAUAUAAUUCAUUUAGUUUAGUCGUGUAGAAUGUUGUACACAAUCAAGAGGAUAAUCUUAAACCUAGGAGGUGGGAAUCAGCUGACUAGUGCUAUAAUAGAUAUUAUUAUUGGGCUGUACCCAGACGUGUGUGUCACAGCUUGAUCCUGAAGGACAUGUGCAACAGUCCUACUUAUUGAAUCAAUACCCUAUUGGAACUGGGAACAACCAGAGUGAAAAUAUUGCAGAAUUCAUUAUUUUGGUUGCCAGAAUUGUGAUGAUGGAUUUUUUUUUUCCAAAUUCCAAAGUUGCCAGUUAAUGUUAAAAUGUGCCUUAAGUUUUUUAUUAUAGAAUACAUCUUUUACAUAUUGUUCUUACUAUCUUGUCUUUGUAUGUAGUGUCCCUAUGUAUUGUUUGUAGUGAAGUGUCCGUAUCUGUCUUAACAGUAUAGAUACCAUGGAAAUGAAGACAAGUGACUGGCAAAAGAAGCCUGUCCUGUUUGUUCUGUUUCAUUCUUGUGACCUUUGAAUGUACGGCGCUUAUGUAAUUGGAUGUCAUCAAGCAGCAGUUGAAUUGAGAUUUACUUUUCACAUGUGGUUUGCCAAGAAAAAAAUAGUUAAAAAAUACUGCAGUAAAAUAUAUUGCAUAUGUCGUUUUGUAAGGGUGAACAUGAGAGAAUGUGACUGGAUGUGUUUUUAUAAUUAUUUUGUCAAACACAAAUGUGAUUUUGUAAUGCAGUGGGAUAAAGAUGUGUUCUACACAUGAUUGUAUUCCCUGCAUACAAGCAUUGUUUACAGGUUACAGUUAAUCCCUUCAAUUAAGAAACACCCUAAUGACCAAGACCAAACCAUUGGUUCAAUUACAAAUCAUUCCUUGCUUCCUGAUUUUAUAGUGAAUUACAAAAUUCCAUUCAAUAACCCCCCCACCCCCUCAGAAAAUGUGACCAAUAAAGAAUAAUCAAAAUAUACAGAAAUAAGAAAACUGUAUAGUAAGUGGUUUCACUGAACUUUUGAAGAUUAUUGUAUUGAAGAUGGAUAAUUUGUACGGUAACAAUGAUAUUUGAACAUUAAUCAAUAUCAAUACCUAUUCUGUAAAUCUGUGCAGUGACAUAUAUGUUUAAUAGUUCAUUCGGCAAAGCAGCCUUUAUGCCUUGCAUUGCUUCAUCAAGGAACUCAUUGUUUAUUUGUUUAAAUAUGCACAUUAUAAAACAAGGUGCAGUGUAAGUAGACUUGCAUCAUUUGGAGCCUUGAUGUGUUAAGAAAUAAUUCACAUACCACUACUACAAAGCCUACUGCACUGAACUCUGAGACCAAUAUCAUUAUCUUCUGCCUUACUUGUGGCUGAUUUAUUACGUAUAUCAGUGCUCGAUGCCAUUCACAUACUACAGUCAGCACUCACAUAUCCAACCCUAUAAAAUGUUGACUUCAGUGACAGUUAAACACGUGUGACGCAUAUCUGAUUAUUUCAUUUUGGCCCGUUCCAACCCUUGUGCGUUUUUCAGGGAACACAAAAAAGAUACAAUAUCAAAAAUACAUAGCUGAAAGGACUGUGUUUUAAAAUAAGUAGGCUUCCAUUAGAUGUACUUUAUUGGUUUUGUUGGUACAGUACUAUAUUUUCAACAGGAGUAGCAUUUUAAUUCAGAAUAAUAUGAUUCUGAAAAUAUCACUUGCCAAAACUAAAGAGACAACACCUUAACUGUAAUACAGUACAUACUUUUAAAUCCAUAUGUAUUGUAGCAGUAUGUAAAAUUUCCCAUUAAAGACCUAACAGCAAAAUGAAAUCUAAAUGUUAUCCACGCACAGAACUGCGUAAAAAACAUAAAAGGCAAUGCAAUUUAGCAAAACCAAAAGAUUUUAAAAAAAUCCAGAAUUAAAACAGUAUCUAAAGUCAGUAUUCAAAUUGCAGAAUAUAGUGCUCAAUGAGGCCCUAAUGUCACAGUUCACUUGCAAAUGAAAAUGUACAAAAGCAACAAAAGAUCACAGAUAAAUUAAAAAAAAAUACAUCACAGUAUCUAAAACUGUUAAUGAUUAACUGUUACAUUACCCUAGCUUGACUUGUUCACUUUGUUUUGGCUGCAUUUUCGUCAGGUGAAACUGGAGGAAGUGCUGUGUAACUGCACAAUACAAGACAGACUGAUUUGGCAUUAGAGAGAAAUAAAAAAACGUGGGCUGUGACGGAUAUUCAGAUAAAUUGUAACAUUGAAGAGGUGGGCUUUGUAUCAGAAAACUGGUGACGGAGUCGGAAAUCGCGUGUGACGGGCAAGUGCAUUAAUUUGUUACAUAUAUAUAUGGGGAUUGAUUUUAUCUUUAUACAAGGGCAGUAUUUGGGUAACGGAUAUCGAAGUGCUGAUUGUAUUUAUACAAAUGUGUCUUCUUGGUUGUAAUGAAUAGAUUAAUCUUGAAAAAAAACUAAGUCACAUGUUUGACUGUUUGAGUCUUAAAUGUGUUUAACCUGUUAAUACCUGAGAUAUGUACAGCUAUGGUCAAAAGUUUUGCAUCACCCUAGAAUUAUCUAACAUGAUUUCCAAAAAGAUGUCUUGACAUGUGUUCCUCAAUUACAAGUAAAUCAAAAGGUGACAAUUAGAAGUGGUCACGACUAGAUUUAAGCUAUAUAAGCAUGAUUUUUACAUAGAUUUUGUAACCAGAGUAAGCCAUGGGGAAGAGCCAUACCUUGGAAACACGCUCAGCCAUCAUUGCACUUCAUAAGGACGGUUCUUGCAGUCGUCAGAUUGCCAACAGAGAUUAUGCCAGCCAAAGUACAGUAUCUAGGCUCAUCCAAAAAUAUCAGAAAACUGGAAGCUAUAAAGCUGCCCCCAGGUCUGGAAACCCAAAAGACAUCACUGCUCGCCAGGAUCGCCACCUAUGCCGCUCAAGUUUGAGAGAUAGGAAGGCCAGUAGUGUCCACUUACUGCAGCAAUGGCAAGAAGUUGGAGUGAAGGCGUCUCUUGGAGAAUGGUCUGGUGUAAGGGAGGCCUGCUAUGAAGCCCCUUCUGAGCAAGAAAAACAUCAGAGAUCGACUGAACUUUUGUCGCAUACAAAGACUGGGCCAAAGUCAUUUUCUGUGAGUCCCCCCUUCAGUUGUUUUAGUAACGGAGGUGGAUUAAGAGUUUGAAGGCUCAAAAGAAAAACGAUAUAAGCUGCAUCGAGGAAUCUAAAGGAUAACUUGACCCUUCAGUGCCUCAUUUGAGUCCAUGCCUGAGAUGAUUAAGGAAGUCUUAAAACAUUGGAAUUCACUACAAAUACCAAGUACUACUAUUAUGGUUUUUGGUAGACUUUUGCAAUAUCGUUUCGUAGUUUCUUUGAUGACAUGAUGUUAAAUAAAAUACCUAAAUUAUGUUCAUAUCUUUUUUUUUUUUUUUUUUUAAUUAUGUCUCAAUCCUAAAAUUCUAGGAAUGCAAAACGUUUGGCUAUAGCUGUAAUCCUGUUAACCUGGCCACAGUGGCGGCUCCUGACUAAUAAGUGGGGAGGCUGAACAACAAAACCUGCUUUUAUUGCUUAUAUAUAAGGUUCGAAAAUGAAUGGAACAGACGCUAGAGGCGAAGCAAAACCCAACGUGAUGCACGGCUAUCACUGAUCAGUAUGGUAUUGCACUGCCAUUAAUUUUAAAGUGAAAUACUUUUUUUUACUUUUACAAAAUUACACGUAGGCUUAGCCUCCAUAGCCUCUUAUGACGAGUCACCACACCAGAAUUAUUAUUUAUUUUUUAAUGUAGUUUGCAUUAACUUUUAUCAUUGGAAAUGUUUUAAGGUUUAGUGUAUGUAAAUAUAUUUAACUAUGAGUUGAGCCUUUUUGACAUGUAAUAAAGGCAAUACAUUUGUGUAAAACAGACAUUUAAGGGUUAAUCAGACCCAAAUGUGUAUUCUUCUUUGAAAAUUAUAUCAUGAUGUCAUUACUUUGCAUGUUACUUUUCUACAGUAUGUUUUGUUGCUAGUAGUAGAUGCCAAAGUUCAGUCAGCCAGCCUGUACCAGGUUGCUCAAUUGCAUUCAUUCCGCUGGCUGCAUUCAGCAGAAUGCCAUCAAACAUAAAACAGCCACACUGCAAAAACAGAUAUAUUUUAGGGCUACUGAUUUUCCGGGAGUGCAGAAUCUUGUCUGGAAUUACAGAAUUACGCAAUAGGAACGAAAUUGCACUUAAAGCGCAUAAUUAUUUAUGUGUAUAGUCGUAUUCUCUUUGGAAGUAUGAGCUGUGUGCCUUUAAAGUGAAAAGGGAAAAUGCCAGAAUGGGUGUAUUUGUUAAACAGUAUGCGCUAUUCUGCAGAACAGAAAAUCUGCUGCCCUACUGUCAGUCAUCGCUGUCCCUGUAGUGCUGUUAUUUGAACACCAUAGCUUCAUAAGAGGAUACAUACCAUUUGUUUUCUUUUAAUAGCUGUCAAGAAUCCAAAAAUAUCUUGUAACUGAAGUUAUUGUCAGGUUAAGAGUUCACUGCUUGCAUGCACGUUCUGUUCUUCAUAGGUGCCGCACAUUACACUGUGCCAAUCUAACAACCUUCAGAAAUGUAUACAUCUUUUCUUUUUGUGUUUUUUCAUUUAUUAAUCCUGAUUUUCUCUGAAUAAAAUAAUAAAUAUAUAUAUCUUUUUUUUUUAAUUAUGUCUCAAUCCUAAAAUUCCAGUGCAUUUGUCAGCUAUUUAAAGAGUUUAUUUUUUACCUUUUUUGAAAUGCCUUUUAUUGUCUCAGAGCUCUGUGAUUUUAUUGACGAUUUUGCAAUUCUUAGUUUGAAAGGGUGUUUGCUUGCCUUUCAGUUAAAGUUGCUGUUAAAAGUUUCAUAUUUUUCUUUUGAGAUUUUUGUAUCUUUUGGUGAAAUGUAAUAUAAGGGGAUAAACAAUAAAAAUGUAUUAUUCUAA